AAAGGACGUGGUCGGUAGAAGGAUAAGCUUCUCAGACGAAGAAGCGAUCGUUUGCAAGAAGGCAUCGUCAAGGAUAACCGGGAGGAAUGAGGGCCUUGACAAUUACAAUGAGUGUCCUCGUCUGCGUCUUGGCAUUGACGACCAAGCAGUUGCCUUUGAUGAGGAUAGCCCUAGGAUACCAGGCAAAACGUUUACCUUCGGUACUACUGGAGUGGUGCAAGCUUUGCUGUCACCCUCGCGGCACUUGACCAGGUCACGCACUGUAGGAGGCGCGUCGGUAAGACCCAGAGCACCACCGCCACCAAAGGCAAGUUCCGUAAGGCCAAUAAGGCACGCCACUUGGGACCAAAAGAAAAGCGCACGCGUAGUGAGACUCGGCAACAGUACCGGAUCCCUUUGUAAGGGUGGCGUCUUUCAGCGUUCGGGGUCACAACAAUUUAGUGACUCAGAU